AUGUCGAACGCACCUAGUCGGAAGUCGUCUGCCAUAGUAUUUGUCAUGGCUCCCAGCAUCAGACAGUGGACUUGGUACAUUCUCAAACGUUUCGCCGGCAUUAUCAGUCAGUUUUGCUAUUCUCCGCACCAAGCUAUGAAAUCAUCAUCCCUCGAUAAACGUUCUUCCGAAAAUGAUUACACUAUUACUCCUCUUUCUGUCUUGGCCCAUCUAUCUACUCUUUACCCUCUUCUCCCACUCCGCUACAUCACAACUUCCCAUUCGUCAAAUUGUGUGCCCUUUUGUGGCAAAUCUAGUCUAACCUGCUAUUUACCCCGACCCCUCUCUGUCGAUCGACUGAUCCGACUCGGGCCCCCAAUCCCGAUGCCCUCAUUGUCUCGUAGAUCAGUUCCUUAUCUUUCUGGUUGA